CAAUGCAGUCACUCCGCAGGACAGCAGUGACUGCUGCCCGGAAGGGCCGAAGUACUCUCCCGCGCCAGCAGCGCCGCUUUGCUCACGAUGAGCACGCCCACGACCACGGCCACGCACCCGUCAACGAGCCCAUGGGGAACGGCUUCUGGUUUACCUUUGCGACCAUCCCCGCCGCGUGGGCGGUAUGGUACGUUUCGCGCAACAACAGCGACGACUCGCAACCCUUCUUCACCCGCUUGAUCAACGGAUACACGGAGUCGUCUGAGAAGUUGGCGAAGAUGAACGAUCUGCACGUGCGCAUGGUUGAACAGGCGGGUGAGGACAGGGUGCUCUUCAACAACACCGCGCCUCAUGACCAUGUGGAGAUGAGGUUCCCAGAGCUCAUGAAUGUCGGAUCUCCGUACAACGUCCCAGCCGGCAGCCAAGUCUCGAUGGAAAAGGUCAUCGAGAAGUACAAGAAGAUUGCGUAUGAGGAGAACGAGCGCAAGCUCGAGGCUCUGAGGAACAACGAGGUGCCGUCGGAGCAGCCAUUGAAGCCGCGCAUCCUCAAGGGUUCAGAGAACUCGUCAUAGAGCAAUGGAAAGAUUGAUUGUGUAUAUAUCCAAGGAAUGAUAUCCAUUUCGUUCGUGUUCACACA